AUGAGGGAGGCGGACAGGCGGCAUGCCCUCUUCUGCUUUGGCGUGCUGAGGGCGGCGCUGGGCUUGUGUGCGAUGCCGGGCGAUGACGAGCUGCCGGACGAGUGCGUGCGGCUGUUUGUGUCGUGGCACUUGGUCACGGACGGCGCGCGUCAUUUGCGUGGGUGUAUCGGGACGUUCGAGCCGCAGCCGCUCGCACAGGGCCUGCGUGCCUACGCGAUCCGGUCGGCAUGCCACGACAAGCGCUUUCCGCCGAUCUGCGCAGCUGAGCUGGAGCGUCUGGCGUGCACGGUGAGCCUCCUGACGCCCAUGGAGGUGUGUGCAGACUGGCUGGACUGGGAUCUGGGCGUGCAUGGCGUGUACGUCCGCCUGGAGGGCGGAGCGAGCGCGACGUUCCUGCCAGAGGUCGCACCGGCGCAGGGCUGGACGAAGGCCGAGACGAUCGAGCGCGUGAUCCGCAAGGCCGGGUGGACGGCGCCCAUUACAGACACCGUGCUGCGGCACGCGACGCUCCUGCGGUACACGUCCACGCAUGCGACGGUGACGUACGAUGAAUACAUGCUAUACACUAGGUAG